AUGCGUAACGAACGAUUAAUAAUCGGUUAUCGAACUGAGAAUGGCGUGGGAAGAAUGGAAAAACAUGAGAUUGACAAACUUGAACCAUAUUUAGAAAAACGAAAUGGUUUUACAUGGUUACCACAAAGUGAUACUGAUUAUUAUCAAUCUGAAAUAGCACAUAAUAAUUUAAAAUUAUCUCAAAAUAAACGUGAUCUUAUGAAUAUAUCGGAUUAUUUAUUUUGGUCAAUUGGAAAUUUUUUUCUUUUUUUUCUUUUGGGUAUUAUUUGUAUUAUUUUAUCUGUACGUGUACGUGAACAUAAACGUACGAAAGAUUAUGAAUCAACAUUAAAAUUAUCACAAAGAACAUUGGUAAUGAAUAUUUUUACGACUAUUGUUGGUAUUAGUUUUCUUGUUACAAUGCUUGCGCUAUUAAUUAAUAAAUCAUCUACAAAUUUUUAG